CUCCUGCAUUGUGUCCAUAAGCAUGAAGCGGUUGAAUCGCAAGCCCGGCGCGGGGUCGUCGUGGGCGAAGAACUCACAGGGUGCACGAACGAAUGCGUCUGGGCGUGGAAUGACACCGGAAAAGGCUGCAGCCUUGGCACAACAAGAUGCAUUCGACCUCACCCAUGGCUUUGCCCCUUUGACCGACGAAGACGGACCUCAGAUUGGAUGGCUUCUGAACGCGUGCAAUACGUCUCGCAACAUUGAAAAUGACGAGCGCAGCGGAGUUGAGCUAUACUUUCUCGCGCAAGACGGCAGUGCCUUCAAGACCACGUUGAUUCAACCACCCUACUUCUACGUUGCAGCACCACCCAAGCGACUCCAGGAAGCCUUGGCAUUCUGCCAGAAGACACUGGAAGGGACACUUCUGUCCUCGAGCGUCGUGUCGAAGGAAGACUUGGACCUGCCGAACCAUUUGUCGGGACUGCAAGCGUCAUACAUUCAACUCGUGUUUCGAACGGUGUCAGACUUGGUCGACGCCAAGCAAAUCGUGUACCCCAUGAUUGCAAAGAACAAGCAAGAUCCAUAUCACACGAGUGACAUUCCCCUCACGGACAUUCGCGAAUACGAUGUCCCGUACUUGAUGCGUGUGGCCAUCGACAAAGAAAUUCGCAUUGGCGCAUGGUAUUCCGUGCACGUUGAUGCCGCAGAAGGCGUAAAAGUCGAUCGGAUUACGGAUAUGGUGGACAAAGCGGAGCCGGUGGUGCUGGCAUUCGACAUUGAAUGUACCAAGGCACCACUCAAGUUUCCCGACGCCACGUCGGACCAAAUCUACAUGAUAUCGUACAUGGUGGACCGCCAGGGGUUUCUCAUUUGCAACCGCGAAUUCGUGUCGCAAGACGUCGAUGACUUCGAGUAUACGCCAAAGUCAGAUUAUCCUGGACCGUUUGAGUGUGUGAACGUUACAAACGAAUUCGAGUUGAUUCGGUACUUUUUCAACCACGUGAAGGAGCUCAAUCCGCACAUCUUUGUCACAUACAACGGCGACUUUUUCGAUUGGCCGUUCCUGGAGACUCGAGCGCAGCAUCAUGGCAUGGAUUUGACGUCGGAAUUGGGCAUUUCGAAAGACCGCAACGGGGAAUACCGAGGGAAAUGCGCGGUCCACUUGGAUGCGUAUUGCUGGGUCAAGCGUGACUCCUACCUUCCUCAGGGAUCUCAAGGGUUGAAAGCUGUAACCAAGUACAAGUUGGGCUACGAUCCUGUGGAAGUGGACCCAGAAGAAAUGCUGCCCCUCGCUCAAAACGAACCGUUGAAGAUGGCAUCGUAUUCAGUCUCCGAUGCUGUCGCAACGUUCUAUUUAUACGAAAAAUAUGUCCACUUGUUUGUGUUUUCACUCUGCACGAUCAUUCCGCUCGGCAGUGAAGACGUCUUGAGAAAAGGCAGCGGGACGCUCUGUGAAGCCCUCUUAAUGGUCGAAGCUUUUCGCGGCAACAUCAUUUGCCCGAAUAAGCAGGUUUCAGCUCCAUUCCAAACGUUUCAUAAGAACCAUGUCGUUGGCAGUGAGACGUACAUCGGCGGUCAUGUCGAAUGCUUGGAAAGUGGGGUGUUUCGGGCAGACCUUGAGUACCAUUUCAAAGUCGUCCCGUCUGCGUUGGAUCACCUCAUUCAACAUAUCGACCGCGAUCUCACGUUUGCGCUCGAGGUCGAACUGGACAUUCCUCGCCACGAAAUCACGAAUUACACCCAGGUCCGUCAAGAGAUCGUGGAAGCGUUAGAAAUGCUACGAGAUUCGCCGGAUCGAUGGGAGAAGCCACUCAUUUAUCAUUUGGAUGUGGCGGCGAUGUAUCCGAAUAUUAUCUUGACGAAUCGCUUGCAACCGUCGGCGAUGGUGCAACCUACGGACUGCGCUGCGUGUGUGCACUCAACGUCUUGCGAAGCGUCGACGUCUACUCUGUCAUGCCAGAGGCCAAUGGAAUGGGUUUGGCGCGGAGACUACUACCCUGCAAGCAAACAGGAGUUCCAGCAUAUUCAAACCCAAUUGAGCUACGAAACGGUCAACAAUACGCCGUACGCCCAAUUGCCAGAAGAAAAGCGCAACAGUAUGUUGACCGACCGCGUCAAGCAGUACUGCAACACGGUGUACAAGAAGACCACCAUCACUGAAACCGAGACACGCACGUCGACGGUUUGCAUGCGUGAAAACGCAUUUUACGUCAACACCGUGCGCGCAUUUCGCGAUCGUCGGUAUGAUUACAAGAUUUUAACCAAGCAGUGGCAGAAAAAAGCUUCCGCAGCAACAGAUCCCCUGGAGAAAGUAGACGCAACAGCAAAGUUUGGCGUAUAUGACUCAUUACAACUGGCCCAUAAGUGCAUCUUGAACUCUUUCUAUGGGUAUGUCAUGCGUCGAGGGGCUCGAUGGCACUCGAUGGAGAUGGCUGGCAUCGUCACCAACACUGGGUCCCAAAUUAUUAAGCAAGCUCGGCAAUUGGUCGAACAGCUUGGGCGCCCUCUCGAACUCGACACGGAUGGGAUUUGGGCCAUGUUGCCUGGCUCAUUUCCAGAUAAGUUCAAGUUUACAUUGAAGGACGGAUCGACACGCUCUCUCGAGUAUCCCUGUGUUAUGUUAAAUGCGGCCGUACAAGAGAAUUUUACCAACCAUCAGUACCAAGAUUCCAUCGGGCAAUCAUACCAAAUGAGGUCCGAGUGCUCAAUUUUCUUCGAGUUGGAUGGACCGUACAAGUGCAUGGUUGUUCCCGCAUCGACUGAAGAGGGGAAAUUGUUGAAAAAACGCUAUGCUGUGUUUAACUUCUCCAACAAACUUACAGAACUCAAAGGCUUCGAAUUGAAGCGCCGGGGGGAGCUCGAGAUUAUCAAAGCUUUCCAAAGUCAAGUAUUUCCUUGCUUUUUGGAGGGCAAGACGCUGUCCGAGUGUUAUGCAGCCGUCGCAGAUUGCGCCAAUCGAUGGCUGGACAUCUUGGAUACGAAAGGCCAGGCCAUUGAAGAAGAGGAAGUGUUGGCCCUACUCACAGAGAACAAGAGCAUGUCGGGGCGACUGGAAGAUUACGGCGGUCAAAAAUCUACCUCCAUUACCACUGCCCGGCGUCUUGGCGAAUUCUUGGGUCAAAAAAUGCUCCAAGACAAGGGGUUGACAUGUAAAUUAAUCGUCCUCACUCAACCGUACGGGGAAAAGGUCACGGAACGAGCAGUUCCGACCGCAAUUUUCUCUGCAGAACCAGCGGUGAAAAAGCACUUCUUGCGCAAGUGGUGUCGAGAUCAGUCGAUGACCGACUUUGACGUCCGAUCGCUGCUCGAUUGGGACUACUACCGCACACGAUUUGCUGGCACCGUACAAAAAAUCAUCUUGCUUCCGGCGGCUUUCCAGCACAUAGCUAACCCCGUGCCUCGCAUUGAAUUGCCCAAAUGGAUGGAGCGGAAAGUCCGCGAACGGUUGGACACGAAGCGCCAGACGACUCUCGGAUUCCUUCGGGUGCCAAAGUCCACCGACUUACCCGACUGGACGCCUUCAACGUCCAUGACUAAACAAACCUCUUCGGUGAAAAAACAAGACAAUGUCAAGUCCACUGGUGUACCCAUUCUGGACAUCGAGUCCAUCGGUUCUAUGCAAAUUGAUGAAGAAAUCCCUGUCGGCCAAGUAGUUGAUGUCGACCCAGAGAGCUCCACGUCGUCUUCCUGGUCGUCGUAUGCAGAGUGGUUACAGCUGCGCAAGCAAAAAUGGCGUCGAAAACGCUUGGAGAUGAAGGAAAAGGACACUCCCAUGGCUAUUCAAAAACGGAAGCAGCUCAAUAUGUGGCACAUUAUUGAGGUUCAAGACACUCGUAUCCCUGGUUUGUGCGACGUUUGGGCCAUCAACGACGGUCGGUUGGAAAUUCAGCAAAUUGAAGUCGGCACGACGGUGUUUCGAUUGAAAAACAUGGGCAGUGCCAACAUGGAAAACUCGAUGAACUUCCAGGAAACGAAACGAUAUGUGUCCAACCAAGCGCACAUGGUGGCGCUCGUGCCAUGCCCAUCUAAAUUGGCCGCCAACACGUUGGAAAUUGUGUACGAAUCGACCAUUCGCAGCUCGUCGCGUCUUCUUUGGACCUUGGGGUCGGUGGUCCAACCUCCUCCACCGUCGUCGUCGCAGCGCUUGACACUGUCCGGAUUCCAUUCGAAACCCGCCCUCAUGUCGACAUAUCUAGCUCCUACGACAACCUCAUCGCAUCCAGCUCUGCAUCAAGUAGCGCUGGUGAUUUCCACCAACCAGAACCAGCAAGUUGGGUCAUGGAGCUUGCUCGUGCGGUCGUCGUCCAGUUCAAUUACAGCCAACGGUCAGCAGGACUCGAUGCAAUGGACUACUGCGACUUCGUGGCUGCUGGAUGCCCAGGGUGCCACCAGCGGCAUCAAACUUACCGACUGGCGCAAUGGAUCCUCCCCCAUUCCCCUUCCCAAAAUGACAAACCAUGUCGUGUCUUCCAUGGCAGACGUUGUGUCCGGUGUCAACAGCUACUUGGCAAAGUGGCGUGACUCCGCGAGCGUUGUCAUUGCCCACAUCCCCAAGUGGAUCACCAGGUCGGGCCUUCGGGCGCAAUUCCGAGGCUUGUCGGCGUUUCCCAUGGUGGUGGCGCCUGCCGAAGACCAGCCGUUUCCGAUGCUUACGUGGCGUCAGGAUUGGCAGUCGCGGCUCAUCCACACCAUCGACGUGCUCCCGCUGCAGUUUCAAGAACUAUUGGAAUGUGCCCGAUAUGUGCAAUUGCCAGUUGGCAAUCUCCAGGGUGACCUUCACUUGAUGAUGCUUGACACAUUAUACGCCCGACUCCUCCAAAAGUACCAGCAUGUGUGGUGGGGUGCGGCGGACUUGUCACCUGCACAUGGCCUUGAUGGUUUCCAUCCCGUUCUUGUGCCCGGCGCAUACACACACAAUAUAGUGAUCGACUUGAGUCUCGAUGGGCUUGCGAUUCAAGCGCUGCUCUCCACGAAUGGUGAAGCCGUGUCAGAGGAGAACGUGGCGUUUCGAUUGCUACGGCAAUUGGCGACGCAGCUGUUCAACGACGUGAUUUCAACCAAGAGUCCGAUUGCCGAUUCGCUCUUACAGCACUUUUAUCGAUGGACGGCGUCGCCGGGAGCGCAGUUCUACGAUCCUCACUUGCACGCGAUGAUGCAAAACUGCAUGCAGCAAGUGCUCAAGGAGCUCUUGGUCGAGAUGAAGCGACUUGGCGCGACCAUCGUGUACGCGGACGUAUCUCGCAUUGUGCUUGAAACCCAAAAGAGCUCGAUGGACCAAGCCAAGGCGUACUUGGGCUUCAUCACACGCACGUUGCAAGAAUCCUUCCCGGUGCUGUCGUGGGCUCCUGUUCAUUUCUACUCGCACAUGCUGUUCUUGGACAUGGAAAACUUUGGCGGGAUCGAGCAUGUAGCGGACUCAGAGCCUCAAGUGGUGGGCUCGUGGAAUAUGGCACGAUAUUUGCCCCGCGGUGUCGAUGAAUACUGCCGCCUUCUCAUUGCGCAGUUUAUCAAGCGGCGCUACGAUUUCACGGUCCGAUAUUUGAGCGACCCAAUGAUGCACAACCCAAUCGAAAGCAGCAAUGUCGAACAAUCGUUAACCGAUUACUCGCAAAAGCUCAUCUCGACCCAAUUCACGGACAAAUUUCUCCGUUUGGUUCCGGACAUCCUGGCGCACACCCACACGUUUCCGAUCUUGGCGGGAUCGCAUCUUCCAUGGUCUCAUGCGUCGCUCGAGCUAGUCAAGUGUGUCUGCCACGUCUGGGGCCUCGAUUCUUCCUUGUCGACAAAUGUCAUGCAACUCAAGCGCACGCUGCUGAAGACACUCAACAUCAGCGAGUUUUCAACGGAAGCCGCGUUUGAGAACCCUUCCAAGUCGUUUGUGUUGCCCGACGUCAUUUGCACGCAUUGCAACGUAUGCCGACACGUGGAUUUGUGUCGCGAACCUGGACUCAUGGAAGAACUCACGCCAUCCAACGACGACCAAGACGUGGACGACGCCCAGCCGUGGCAAUGUCCUCGCUGCACCCACCUGUACGACCUUGAAGUGCUCGAACAUCGACUUGUCCAUGUCGUCCACACGCAGUUCUCUCUUCCGUACCAGCUGCGAGAACUCGUCUGUAUGCGUUGCAAGCUCCCGAACGAGUCGCAACUCAACACGCUGUGUUCGUGCACAGGGACGUUGGUGCUGGACGACGCGUCCAGUUCGGGCCAUGGUCGUGUCGAAAUCGACGAGAUAUUCCGAAUUUUGCACCACUUGGCCAAGCAUCAGCGCUUCAACUACUUGCAAGAAACGUUGGAGCGCCUCAUGCACUAACAAGAUCCGUGUUCGUCCUGGUAUCCCUCGUUUCUUUCGUCGUGUACAUGAAAUCCCAUCAACCCGACGUCACUGCUUCCAAAGGCAACGACAUGCACCGAGGCAAACGCAUGCUGUGUCAACGACGUAGAAAUCUCGACCAACGUCACGUCAUCCGAUCACGCUGCCACGUUCAGUUUGGACAACUCGCGAUGGCGUGCGCGGCUUGCAAGGAGCCUGCCAGGUUGGUCCGGUCGGCGCCACGAGGCUCUCGUCCAGCACGCACGCACGAGAUGGCUCCACACGGCCAUGAACCACACGACGACAAUGGCGGGAGAGUUUUCAGGGGUGCGUGGAUGACGCUCGGUGGAAGGGACGUUUUACUUUUGGCAUGCCAAGCUCGUCGUGCUUUGUUUGACGAACGAGCGCCGGCCGUGGACUCGCGGGCCAGGCACGUAGUGGAGUUUCCGCAGGAAUGCGCGCAUCUUGACGACGUCGACUUGGACUCCAUGGCAAGUUUCGAGGUGCUUGCACAAAUGAGCGGCAGUCACGGGCAGCUCUGCUGCGUUCCGCGAUUCCAUGUACGUCUCCACGUCGUCGGUGUAGUCGUGAAGUAGCUGCAUCGUGGUGGUCGUCGGCGCAGGGGGCGGCACUGGCACCACCUAGGCAGUCGAGGUGACGGCAUGGCGGCAUCGUGCUAAGUCGUACCCGGUGCUGGAACGUUGGGUCUUUGAAUCGGUUCCACUCGGUGAUGACGUGCGAGACCGUUUUUUGGGAGAUGCCGAGGCACUUGCUAACGCGGGCUCGCGUCUGCCACGGGGGGUUUCGAUGGACAAGGAGCUUCUCCUUCUGCUUUUCUGCCUACGAUCACCAUGACAUGCGGCCUCGAAUGAUGCGAUCCUGCCUUGAAGUACGCGUGGCACUUGACGACGAGCAGCUUCUCCGCAGCACUCAACUGAUGCUUGAUGGUUGGUAUUCGCUGCAUGUCGUCGUUGUCGUCGUUAUCCAGGUGGCAGGCGGAAGCAUCGUGUGCGCUGCCGUCGCCAUGGGGCGUAUCACGACUGCGGCUGCACCGCGCGUGGUGUGCUUUGAGUUGGCGAGCUUGGCCGAUCAUGAUGCAUCCGCAUGCCAUGCACUUGGCGCGAGGUCGCGCAAACUUGGCUGUGCUCGUCGCACCACCUGCAUCCUCGGUGGUUUGAAGAGAAUUCACGACCGGGAGCUUCAUGAAGAACUGCCAAACUGGGUCGCUCGGCCGACCGACCGCGCCGCGGCGAGGUGCUUGCAUGCGCGGUGGAAAAAGUAUUAUCCGAAUCCUAG